GGUCAGACUAGUGACACGUAUGGGUCUCCUCGACGUUCCGUGGACGCUCACUGCAGGCCAAAUCCUGGAACACUUUGGCGUCGAUCCUGACACCGGACUGUCCAAGGACCAGGCUAACAGACAUGCCGAUAUUUACGGUAGAAACGAGCUUCCCGAAGCCCCACCCACUCCGUUGUGGGAAUUGAUUCUUGAACAAUUCAAGGACCAGCUUGUCCUUAUACUGCUCGGUUCUGCCGUUAUAUCCUUUGUUCUUGCCCUCUUCGAAGACCCCGAGGAUUCCACGUUGUUUGGGGCAUUCGUGGAACCAGCUGUUAUCCUUCUCAUCCUCGUCGCCAACGCAGCAGUUGGCGUCAUUCAGGAAACCAACGCAGAAAAAGCCAUCGAAGCUCUGAAGGAGUAUUCCCCAGACGAAGCCAAGGUUCUCAGGUCAGGACAGUUGGUUCGCAUUCACGCCUCGGAGCUGGUUCCUGGCGACAUCAUCUCUGUCUCCGUGGGAGACAGAGUCCCCGCGGACUGUAGAAUCCUUUCGAUUUCUUCAAAGAACUUUAGAGUCGACCAGGCAAUCCUCACCGGAGAAAGUGUUAGCGUCAACAAGUCCAUUGACGUUGUCCAAGAUGACAAGGCGGUUAAGCAAGACAUGACAAAUAUGCUAUUUGCGGGUACAACUGUCGUCAACGGAAGUGCUCGUGCAAUAGUCACGUUCACCGGCGAGAAGACUGCUAUUGGCCAUAUUUACCACUCCAUUUCCCAACAGAUCAGUGAAAAGACUCCACUGAAGCGAAAACUAGAUGAUUUCGGUGACAUGUUGGCGAAAGUGAUAUCCGUAAUAUGCAUCCUCGUUUGGCUCGUCAACUUCCGCCAUUUCUCGGAUCCCUCCCAUCACGGUGUGCUCAAGGGUGCAGUGUAUUACCUCAAGAUCGCCGUCGCGCUAGCGGUAGCUGCGAUCCCCGAAGGCCUGGCUGCUGUCAUCACUGCUUGUCUGGCACUGGGCACAAAGAAGAUGGCCCAGAAGAAUGCAAUUGUUCGCAACCUCCCCAGCGUAGAGACUCUCGGUUGCACAAAUGUAAUCUGUUCCGACAAGACUGGCACGCUGACUACCAAUCAGAUGAGCGUGUCCAAGUUUCUUGUGAUUGAUAGUGACUCUUUCAUUCCGAGGGAGUAUGACGUCGAAGGCACUACUUAUUCUCCUCUUGGCGCGAUUAAAUCCGUCGGUGGUAAGGGUGUUGACCUCGCAUUGGACCCUAUCCGUAGGCUCGCCGAGAUUAGUGCUCUCUGCAACGACGCUAAGAUAGUGUACCAUGCGGAAAAGGAUACUUACGUUAAUAUUGGUGAACCCACCGAGGCAGCCCUCCAGGUACUUGUCGAGAAGCUGGGUUGUGACGACCUUGAAACGACGAAGUCCCUUCCGACCCUACCCCCUUCUCUCCGUGCUAAUGCUAUCAGUGGAUACUACGAACGUAGCAUUCCAAGGCUAUAUACCUUAGAAUUUUCCAGGGAUCGCAAGAUGAUGUCGGUUCUCGUCAAGUUGAAUGGCGCGGGCGCACUCUUCGUCAAAGGAGCUCCCGAGUUUGUGCUAGAGCGUUGUACUUCGGUCCUGGUGCAUGGCAAGGUGAUACCUUUGACAGUUGAGCUGCGCAAUGUCAUCCUAGCCCGGACCCUUACCUAUGGCGCAAGUGGACUUCGUACACUCGCUAUGGCUUAUGUCGAUGUCUCUGACCUGGAUCCAUCUCAUUACGAAACCAACAAUGGUCCAGAGUAUUAUUCUCGGUUUGAAAAAGAUCUCACGUUUGACCCCCCUCGUCCCGAGGUUCGUCAGGCCGUGGCGAACUGCAAAGCUGCUGGUAUACGAGUGAUCUGUGUCACCGGAGACAAUAAAGGGACUGCGGAGACCAUUUGUCGAAAAAUUGGUAUCUUUGGUGAGGAUGAGGACUUGAGUGGAAAGAGUUACACCGGUCGCGAACUAGAUGAGUUAAGCCACGAAGAAAAGGUAAAAGCUGUCCAGCGCGCAAGCCUAUUCAGUCGAACGGAGCCUAGCCAUAAGAGUCAGCUAGUAGAUCUUCUUCAAGGGUUGGGACUGGUGGUGGCCAUGACAGGAGAUGGUGUUAAUGACGCUCCUGCGUUAAAGAAGGCGGACAUCGGCGUCGCAAUGGGCAGCGGUACAGAUGUCGCCAAAUUGGCCGCUGAUAUGGUGCUAGCCGAUUCGAAUUUCGCGACAAUAGAGCAGGCCGUCGAAGAAGGUAGACUUAUCUACAAUAACACUAAACAGUUUAUUCGGUACCUUAUCUCUUCGAAUAUUGGCGAGGUGGUCAGUAUUUUCCUGACGGUCCUCUUAGGGAUGCCUGAAGCUCUGGUGCCCGUUCAACUCCUGUGGGUCAAUUUGGUCACCGAUAGUCUUCCGGCCACAGCGCUAGGGUUUAAUCCGCCCGACCAUUCGAUUAUGCGAAUGCCUCCACGAAAUAGUCGAGAACCCUUGGUCGGUAAAUGGCUUUUCUUCCGGUACCUGGUGGUCGGUAUCUACGUCGGCUGUGCUACGGUGUUUGGGUAUGCGUGGUGGUUCGUAUACUACUCUGGAGGGCCUCAGAUAUCAUUUUACCAGCUCACACAUUUCCAUCGGUGCUCCACGUCCUUCCCUGAGAUUGGUUGUGAAAUGUUUACCAACGAGAUGUCGCGGCAUGCCACUACUAUGAGUCUUUCCAUCCUCGUGACAGUGGAGAUGUUCAACGCCAUGAACUCACUUUCCGAAAAUGAAAGUCUAUUGCGUCUACCAGUGUGGAAGAACCCUUUCCUUGUAGCAGCUAUUGUGUUGAGUAUGGUGCUACAUGUCGCCAUCUUGUACAUUCCAUUCUUCACGACGUUGUUCGCUAUCGCCCCUCUGAAUUGGAAGGAGUGGAAGGCGGUCUUGGGGAUUAGUGCUCCCGUGCUUGCGAUUGAUGAAAUAUUGAAGUUCAUUACGGCGACCUUUGUCGACCCCCCAACGAGAAUGGUGUCGACUUGAGUGAGUAGUACGGAGUAACGAAGUACUAGAAGCACCACGAUUAGUACAUACUUAGCUCUUAAGACAUUAGAAUGGAGUGGAG